AUGGCUGAAUUCCACAAGGAACCCGAGUUCGAUACCAUCCAGCUCCAUGGAGGUCAGGUUCCUGACCCCACCACCAACGCUCGAGCUGUCCCCAUCUACGCGACGACCAGCUACGUCUUUAACGAUUCAGCUCACGCCGCAGACCUCUUUGGCCUCAGGGCAUUCGGAAACAUCUAUUCUCGUAUCGGCAACCCCACUGUUGAUGUAUUCGAGAAGCGAAUCGCAGCUUUGGAAGGUGGUGUUGCAGCCGUUGCAACCUCGUCCGGCCAAGCCGCACAAUUCCUGGCCAUUGCUGCUAUUGCAGGCACUGGCGACAACAUUGUCUCAACUUCCUAUCUCUACGGAGGUACCUACAAUCAAUUCAAAGUCACCUUCAAGCAAUUCGGAAUUGGCGUCAAGUGGGUGACAGAGGACACUCCUGAAGCUUUCGCAGCUGCCAUCGACGAGCGCACCAAAGCCAUUUACGUCGAAUCCAUCGCCAACCCCAAAUACAUCCUCAGCGACAUCCCUGCCCUCUCUAAGAUUGCACAUGACCACGGAAUUCCUCUUAUCGUCGACAACACCUUUGGAGCUGGAGGAUAUAUCAUCCAGCCUAUCAAACUUGGUGCCGAUAUCGUCGUUCACAGUGCGACCAAAUGGAUCGGUGGACACGGAAACACCAUCGCUGGUGUCAUCGUUGACUCUGGCAAAUUCGACUGGACCCAAAACGACAAAUUCCCUGGCUUCACUCAGCCUGCUGAAGGCUACCAUGGCUUGAAGUUCAGCGAAGCCUUUGGAAACAUCGCCUACGCCAUCAAGGUCCGAACGGAGCUUCUGCGCGAUCUUGGUCCCGCUCUCAACCCCUUCGGCGCCUUCCUCCUCCUCACCGGUCUCGAGACCCUCAGCUUGCGUGUCCAAAGACAUGCUGACAACGCCCUCGCUCUUGCUCGUUACCUCGAACAACACCCCAAGGUUUCCUGGGUCUCUUACCUCGGCCUCCCUUCCCACCCCUCACACGAACUCGCCAACAAACUCCUCCGCAAACAAGCCUACGGCGGCGUCCUCUCCUUCGGCGUCAAGGGCGACGCAGCCACCACCUCCAAAGUGGUCGACAGCCUCAAGUUGGCCUCGAACCUUGCCAACGUCGGUGACGCCAAGACCCUCGUGAUCCACCCCGCCACGACGACGCACCAGCAGCUGACGGAGGCUGAGCAACUCUCGAGUGGUGUCACGCCUGACCUUGAGGCGGGAAAGGAGAAGGAGCAGGAUAAGGAUAAGGAACAGAGCAAAGAAGAGAAGGAGAAGGAGGAGGGUAAAGAGGAGAAGGCUGAGGCUGGUGCCGGUGCCGGUGCUACGCCCGCAGCCAAGGUCUCAAAACGCACCUCGAUCAUCAAGAGAGUCAAGAAACUCUUUGAUUGA